AUGAGUGAACACGAUAGAUGGAAUGUAUUCAGGGGUGACAGUAAAAGCAAAUCGGACAUGGUAUUUACCACAAAAACACCUCACGUGAUCCAGUCUAAGACCAAUGUUCAUGUGUUCUUGGCAAACAAAACCAAUAGUAAAGAUGUUUGUGAUUUCAAGAUAAAAGGAAGCUGGUCGAAGAGAAACUGCACUAUUUAUAUGGGAGAUACUUCAACAACUAUAGCCCAAGUGAAUAAAAUGCAAUCAUCUGAGAAUAUAAAGCUCAUUAAGGACAAAUUCAUGGUGACAAUUUAUCCCAAUGUUGAUUACGCCUUUGUGGUUACACUUAUAGCUAUUGUUGAGGCUAUGAAAAGCUCUAACACAAAAGGUGAAGUUGCUGCAGAAGUUACUGGAUCAGGGGUGGCUGAAGUAAUUAUCGGUGCAAUUUUUUCCUAG